GUAUCCCAACCGCGAGCUGCCCCAUCCGGACGACCCGUACGCCCGCACCUUGCGGCCACCCAGCGUCGCCUCGGAUCGCUCCAGGAGAUCCGCUGCAAGCGUGAGGAGCUCCGCUUCUUUGGCAGGCUCCUCGAUCGCUUCCUCGGCGCUCUCUAAGCCACCGUCAGGGUACUAUCGCCAGAUCCCCACACCGAACUUGAUGUAUCAGACGUCCAACGGUGCUUUCGGGGCUGGCGGCCGGAUACCACCAGAGCCUCAGAAGGGACGAGAGCUUUGGAUGAUGGGCCGAGGCGGUGGCCAACAGUCCUCCUUUGAUAGCUGCCUGGUCUACAAAGGAUCGAAGGUGCCAUGGUGUGACCAGAGCCGCUGA